AUGGCACAGCGAUGUGAUCUCACUGCCUGUCAGUGUGGUUGUGCCUGUGGCAAACAGAAUCAUUUAAAAAAAGACUACAGAGCGAGAUUCUGCCAUGGAGGAGGAAGUAAGAUUGAUGUACAGCCAGGUCAAAACGUACUGAAACUCAUACAGGAUUGUUUUGAAAGUUGCAGCAGUGAUCUUACAAUAAACUCUCCAAAUGCAACCCUUUGCUCAGCUCCUGUUGUCAAAAAUAGGAAGAGGACUUCAAUGCAGAGCCAAAGCCCAAAGGCAGGAUCAACCAACUCUGUGAAAAGAACCUGUUAUUCUCCAGAAUCCUCACCUACAUCACUGCUAAAACCAGUCAGCAGCAGAGGACAGUUAUGUGAAUCACCCUUGAAGCCUGCAAUACAUGAUUACGUAGAUGUUUCUAAAAAAACAGAGUCUCCUGUGUCUGAAAGCAAAAAAAAUACAUUAGAAGAUGUUGAAGAGCUGUGCCGAAGUCCUGCCACGUUUUUGGACCCUGAGGAUGAUCACGGGUCUAUUGGAUCACCUUUUCCUGUGGAGAAAGGGAAAAGUUCUCCUGUACUUAAAUUAUCUCUUGAUGGCUGGAAUACACCUGCUGCAGCAAAGAGCUGUGGAGAAGUUGAAAAUUUGGAAGGACCUCAGACUGGGAGAGAUGAGCAGGUUGUUCUUGUGCAAGGAACAGAACCUGUUGCUACAUCUGUGCAGAAAGAGAAGACUUUCUCUUCAGCUCUCUUAGCAGCUGUAGCAACAGGAACACUUCGACAGAGAUAUUCAACCUCGAUAUCACCUCCAUCACCUCCUCCUGUGAAAGAUCAAGAUAUGGAAAUCGAAAAUGAAUGUGAAUUUUUAAUUGAUGACUCAGGUGGUGCAUCAUUUACUUCUUGGAUUUCAAUACCCAGUAAGAAAAGAAAACCAAAAAAAGAUGGCUCUGCAACUCCUGUUUCUGAAUCUCAGCCCUCUGAACAGAAGACGACACAGAGUAAGAAAGGCAAGAACAGGAAAGCACAGGUUGAAGCACUUACUAAACAGAAACUGAAUAAUCUGGAUGUUGGAGCCUUUGACAUGAAAAGAACGUCGAAAUUGGAUCCAAUCUCUAACAGUGAAGGAAAUGUCCUUAAAUCUCAAAGCCAAAAGAGUAUUCAUACAGGAAAGACUAAAAAGGAUGCACUUAGGCAAGACUCUCCACACCAGAAAAAGAACACAUCCUGGAAACCAGAAGCUGAAGAACUGAUGUUGUCAUGGUCUGGAUUGGAAACAGAAGCAUCUGAUGCAGAAAAAUGUAAAACAAGGGUGCUGCCAAGUGAAGAUUUGCCUAUGCCCUCAUCUGGGCAUCAGCAAGAACAGACUGUGUCUCCAAAAAAGUCUGUCAAGUCUUCCAAGAAUCUGCAAUCAGCUUUAAAAGCUUCUCAGCAUUUAGAUAAGAGGAAACAAACUGCUAAGCAGAAACUUCCUAAGGUUAAAGUAGCUAAGAAAGUGGCAUUAAGUCCAAGGAAGGAGCUUAAAAAAUCUGUCCAGAAAAGUAGUAAUAAAAAACCUCAGUUGCAAAGAGAGAAGAGUUCUGACAGUGAACCUAGUGAAGAAGAGCAUGAAAGAGAGCCUGUAGGUUUGAAAGAUGUGUGUACCACACCCUUGCGUCAGAAAUUAGAGACUCCUGUGAUUCAGAAAUUGACUGUGUCUGAAAAGCCUAGAAAUGUGUUGCACACACUGGAGUCACCUGGUGGUGCAAAUAACCAAUCUCCUGAGAAAGCACUGCAGCAUCCCAUGGACAGUGUGAAGAAUUCUGAAAAGAAGCAGUUGCCAGCCAAGUAUUCAGGGAAGAUACCCGGAAAGAUUCCUUGCAGAACCAAUAAAGCUGUUUACUCAAACCCUGAGGACACUGAGUCUCAAACAGAUUCUGACAACUCUUCUGUACAGAACAUGGCAAGGAAAAAACAGAAGUUAUCAGAUGUAAAAAUAAAAAAUAACAAAAGAAAACGUAACAGGCAACAUGGACCACAAUAUUCCUUUGUGGCUGAGAAGGCUGUGAACUAUGAAAGUGGGCCUGUUCUAGAACAUUGUGAUAAAUUUGAUUCCAGCACUAAGUCUUGUGAACAGUAUGAUACAUCAUCAGAGACUUUUGAUGACUUGAAUUACAAAGUAAGAGAUCUGUUGUCAGACAACAUAGCAAGGCAUAAAAUAGUAAUGCCUUCCAACACACCUAACGUUCGUCGAACGAAAAGGAUACGGCUGAGACCUCUGGAAUAUUGGAGAGGCGAGCGCAUAGACUAUACUAUGAACUCUUCAGGAGGGCUUGUGAUUAGUGGAUUAGUGCAUCCAGAAACACAAUCUCGCAGUAAGAAUAGACAGAGGAAGGAUCGUCACAAGCAGAAGGCCAACAAAACAAAUAGAAGAGAGAUACCUGCAAGUUUGGAUCACAACCUAGCUGAUACUUCUAAGCCAACCAUUGUACUGGACCCAGAAACAAAUGAGGAGGUAGUUCUAGAAUGUGUUAACACUGAAAGCAGUCACGCUUGCUCCUUCAAAGACGAAGCGGUAGAAAUAUACAAAAAUCUGAAUACAUCUGUUUUUGCAACUGGUAAAUUGAUUUUGAAACCACUUAAGGAAAAGGGACACCAGUUUGUCCACAUGGAUACAAUAGCUUUCCAUAUUAUCCGCGGCAAAAUUAUUGUUACAUUACAUAAGACAUCAUAUUAUCUGACUACAGGAGACUCCUUCUAUGUUCCUCCAGGAAAUGGAUAUAACAUACGUAAUCUUCUGAAUGAAGAAAGUAUUCUUCUCUUCACGCAACUCAAAGUCAGGUGAAGAACCUUCUGCAGAGAAGUUUGCUGAAACACUUGUCAAGCUUUUGUAUGUUCUGGAGUUCUUUUUACAUACAAAAAAUGUUUGAGUGUGCCCACCUUAACAUUACAGAUUAAAACAGAGCAGGUGAAGUCAACAUAAGAGUUGGGAACAAAACCAAAAGAACCUCAGUAGUUUGCUUUCAAACUAAAAUGAGAUACUGAAGGGCCUCACUUUGCAUCAAUUACUGUUCUUGUGCCAUCCAGUGACAGAAAGAUACAAGUAUAAAAUGUGUGGGUAUAUUUAUUGUUCCAAAUUGUAUCAAUAUGCUUAAUCUCCCUAAAGAUGCUUAGCACUUGAAAAAAUGUUGACAUCUUCAGCUAACAUCUGAUAAAUAGUCUUAACAACUGCCUGGUACAAACUGCUUAGAAUAAUCUCUAUUUAAAUGAUGAACCUGCUGUUUGCAUUCCAGUAAUUGUUGUCUGGGAGAUGGGCUGCUGAAAUGUUUGUGUGCUGGGGUCCAGCCGCCUUCUAAAUAUGCUAAUGACAGGCAUUUGUUCCUUGUCUGGCAGCUGUAUGAUUAGUGCCUCCGGUUCCAAUAGUAAAGCAGGAGCUUUUAAGUAGGAACUUAUCAGUUGUGUCUUUUGUGUGGAAGCUGUGGCCUGAUUAACUCUGAACAUUGUUGAUAGCUUUAUUUUGUGUAACAGUGAUAGGUCAUUGCCAAAUGUAUUACUUUAAUAGCUCCUUUUGAUUUCCUUGCUGUGUUCGGGGUAGUAAUAAGGACCUUUGGGAAAGCUGUAAUUAUACUGUAUACUCCAGAAGCCAAGUCUAGACAGCAGAUGGUAUACAUAGCAUUUGUCUCCCAAGCUCUUCAAGGUUCCUUCUGACUGAAGAUAAACUACAGCUAUUCUGAUGGGGUGCUUUCUCUCUCUGGUCACUGCUAUCCUCAAAGAGAAGGAGAUAAGGAAAAUUGAAUUGGAAUAGAGAACUUUUAAGGAUUUGAGGAUUGAGUAUUGACCUCAUAAAUGAUUUUGGCCAUGAUCUUUAUGCUAAAUCUAGAGUAUACAAUAAGUAGGACAAAUGAAUUGGCUUUCAGCUGCCAGCUAACUUUGUGUGUCUGUGAAAGGGCUUGGACACCAAGACUGCCAUGCUUCUGUGAAAGAUCCUUUAGUCUGGGGAGUCUGAGAUAAUACUUGUUGUCAUUCUCUUUCAAGUAGUAGUUCCUGUAGCUAGUGCAUACUGACAGUGGAAAUACUUGGUAGGGGUUAUGUGACAUCUUUGCAUUCAUGGUUGGGUCACAUGUAACUGGAAAAUGAAAUAGGAACAUGCCUUUUGCCAUUUAGUUCUGCCUCUGUCUUGAUAUGAACUAUUUGUAUCAGAGUUCAGACUACACAGAAGGAACUUUUUUCUCAGCUUCAACUUUUGUAAGCAGUUUGAAUUAAAA